GCGUGUGCAGAUCACGUGGUAAAGAGCUGGACCAAUAGAAUUGCGAGUCGUGUUGUACGGCCCAACUAUUAAAAACAUCAGUGUCGGUCGGCCAGGUUUGGACAUUUUGAACGGUGCUGUCAACUGGAGUGAGUACAGGCAGAAGUAUGGCCACGGCACAGUCAACACUGAUGUUCGCCGUCUGCAUUUUGAUGAUAACAGAACUCAUACUGGCAAGAAAGGACUACUACGACGUCCUCGGGGUGCCAAAAGAUGCUUCCGAACGUCAGAUCAAAAAAGCUUUUCACAAGCUUGCCAUGAAAUAUCACCCCGACAAGAACAAGAGCCCCGAUGCGGAAACCAAAUUUCGAGAGAUUGCAGAAGCAUAUGAAACGCUGUCUGAUGAGAAAAGAAGGCGGGAGUAUGACCAAUCAGGAUACAAUACAUUCAGCAAUGAAGACUUGAACAGAGGGGGAGAGCAGCGUUCUCCUCAUUCCUUUGAUUUUAACUUCGACGACAUGUUCAGAAACUUUGACAUCUAUAGCCAAAACAGGCAAGCUCGUUCAAAAAGGCACUUUGAAGAGCACUUCAGGGCACACCAGCAAGCGCACAACCGCCAUAAGAGACACUCCCAGGGUACUUUCGGUAGCGGAGUCUUUGAGGACAUGUUUGAAGACAUGGAGAAGAUGUUUACAUUUGACCGACACAUAAAAAGGACCGAGAGCAGGUUUCAGGGCACAGCCAAACAGCACUGCAGAACGGUGACCCAGCGAAGGGGAAACAUGGUCACCACAUACACUGAUUGCACCUCAUCCUCCUGAACCUCAGAGUGGGCCAUAGACCGGACCAUCGCACUUUUAUUUUAUGUCUGAUUUAGAUGGAGUUAUUAAUUUGCUGCUGUGAUAAGUGGGGUUUGAUUUUACAUGCGACUGAUCUGUUAUUUAUUAAGAUAAUGGGUGCGUUUGGAGUUUUUAUCGGUUUGACUGAGAUUUAUAAUUGACACUGUUGGAUAGUGGCCUCUUAAAGGAAUAGUACACCCCAAAAUGAAAAUUUGUUGAAAAUGUAUUCACCCCCAGUACAUCGAAGAUGUAGAUGGGUUUGUUUCUUCAUUAGAAUGGAUUUAGAGAAGUUUAGCAUUAGCUCACUGGCUCACUAAUGGAUCCUCUGCAGUGUAUGGGUGCCGUCAGAAUGAGAGUCCAAACAGCUGAUAAAAAUAUAAUAAUGAUAAAAAAUAUAUAAUAACACUUGAUCCAGUUAUAAAGCCCAUGCCCUGUUGACCACUCACAUAAUUUUUGUUUAGAACGUUAUUGAACUGUUUUCUUUAGUAAACCGUACUUGAUCUGUGCAUAUUUCUCUCCUGAUUCAGACAAGAUGACUUUUUCACUCGAUAAAGCAGUGUUAUAAACAAAGAACUGGUUUAAAAACGUCUUCUUAAUGGAUUUGUUUCUCAAAUAUGCUGCAUUUUACUUCACAAGACAUUAAUUGUUGGACUGGAGUUGUGCUUUUUAACUUUCAUUCUGACGGCACCCAUUCACUUCAGAAAUAUGUAUUUUUAGCACAUUUUAAUUUUUGUGUGGACCGUUCCUUUAAUAGCCCGAGAGUCUAGUUUUAGGUGUUUUAUGAGUUUCCUUUGUUAGAGAGGUGCCUUUCCCACUCAUUGUGGUAGACUGAGUUUAAUGUAAUCAGAUUGGAGCACUUUUAUGACCUUGUGUGUAUUAUUGUUUGCAUGGCUGAGAGAAAGUAGGUCUUAGUUUUUGUCAUGGACAUCGGUCACGCAGUUGGGUUUGUAAACCGCUUUUGUUUUAGGAAAGUACAAGUGUGACAUUGUUCUCUGAAUCAAGGUGUAUUUUGGCUGAACAUAGUGUAUGUUUGUAACAAAACACAUGAGAUUGUUUUUAUAUGGCAGUGUUACCCCUGAAAUAAAAAAGCCAAGGGGAAUGUACCAACUUAGCAUUUGCCUGACAAUGUUUCUUUCUUUUUGUAAAUACAAUGUAUAACAGCUGUGUUCCUGUAUGACUUCACCUGUGACCUGUUUUGUUGAAUAAUCCUGUGUGCAAUAUUUAAAGGCAGCUCUCAUGUUGUUUUUACUGUUACCCGCUGACAUAGUUGUUAUUAAAUGAGUCUCGGUAGGCUCAUCUGGCACUUUCUUCAUUGUAAUCCUAUGGAUGAAAAUAAAUCUGAAAUGGACAAUUUGAGCCCAGAUGUAUGUAUACUUGGGUUAACAAUAAAUAGUGUUGAAAACUA